AUGGUUGCCAAGCCAGCUCCAAAGACCGCCAGAAAGACCCUUCGCAAGAAGAAGGUCCAUCUUAAAUUCAACGUUGAAUGCAAGAACCCAGUUGAGGAUGGUAUUAUCAGAAUCGAUGACUUCGUAAGUUUUGGUUAUUAUUCUAUCCGUUAGUCACUAGAGGGCCGUCUCUAGUGCACACAGCUAGGCUUAGGGUUAUUCAGGCCCCUAAUAAGUCCUGGUUGUUUUCAGGAAGCUUUCUUGAACGAGAAGAUCAAGAUCAACGGAAAGACCGGACAUUUGGCUUCCAACAACGUCAAGGUUGAAGUUGCCAAGACCAAGAUCUCAGUUGUCUCUGAGAUUCCAUUCUCCAAGAGGUUUGUAUUUUCUCCAGAGUUUUCAAAAAAUCAAAAUACAAAUUUCAGAUACCUCAAGUAUCUUACCAAGAAAUACUUGAAGAGAAACUCACUCCGUGACUGGCUCCGUGUUGUCGCUGUCAACAAGAACACUUAUGAGAUCAGAUACUUCCACAUCAACGAUGGAGAGGAUGCCGGAAGCGACCACGAAUAA